AUGAUAGUCCUAGGCGAUGAGGUCGACUUACCUCCCUUUGCCUCGUCUCCGAGGUUCUCGAGCGCGUCGAGUACUUCAUCUUCCCACGUCCCAAGACCUUCAUCUCCCGUGUCCGCUCCUGAAGAUAUAGAUCCUCCAGCCAAGAAGCGCCGCCUAUCUCCCACUGCGCUCCAGAGCGACAAUAAACCCCCCUUUCAUUCCGCAUAUAUAGGAUCGUUUCUCGUCGGAAAUGCUUGGAGCACAGUUAAAGGCAAGGGCUAUAUCACAAAUGGAGACGAAAUUUGCGUCGAGCUCGACAAUGUUGAUGAAGCAUCGUCCAAGAUCCGCCUUCCUUCAAAUGGGAAGGGUGCUCAAGGGAAGAAGAAGCAGUUAUCUAUCGAUACCAUGUUCAAAGCGGCUCAACAGUCUAAGCCUGCCAAGAAGAAGCUAAGUUCUGUCGUUCAUUUAACGAAUAAGAAGGGAUUUGAAUUUGGCCGGCUCCCACAAGAUAUUGCGGUCUGGGUCGGCAAACUGCUUGAACUUAAGAUCAUUGACUUCCGAGGCAGCUUGAUGGUCGAGUGUCCUCAAGUCUUACAUUCCGGAGCAGAUCUCGUCGUUUCACUAUCUAUUUACAUCAAAGCCUCCGCAUUCAAACAACUUACAGUUUCGUCAGCAGAUGGUCCUAAAACAAUGUUUAAUCAAGGGCAGGAGACUGCAGAAGAGCAAGGCCUUCGCGAACGGAAAGGCUCAUUGAUGCGCCUAUUGGAUGCCGUGGGCUUAAAGCUUGUGAACGGAAACAACGCUUCCAAAAUUCGUCAGCAUGCUAAUGGUCAGCUGGGUGACGAUGACCUACGACAACUGACACAAGGCCACCGGAAGAACAACAAUUCUAAGGAACCUAAGUCUAAGGAUUCUGCCAAAACUGAUACUGCCGGAGACAGCAAGGAAGUCGAGGUGGAAGAGGAUGAGGACUUGGCUGACAACGAGCUCGAUCUCAUCUAUAAACGGCAAGUUUUCUCGUUCAUGUCCGCCCAUUCAAGGCUCAUGACUUCAUUCAGAGCACAACAGAAUGAUCAGGCUAUCGCGGAGAUGGAGCCGGCCGAUAGCUUCCAAUUCACCCUACGACCAUAUCAAAAGCAGGCGCUCUACUGGAUGCAUUCUCUUGAAAUGGGCCUGGUGUCUGCACGAGCAGCCGAUUCUAUGCACCCACUUUGGAGCGAGUAUCGCUUUCCACUCGAGACUGUUGAUGGAAUCACAGAUCUUGAGCAAGAAGAACAGCCGUUUUAUUUCAAUUCAUACUCGGGAGAAUUGAGUCUAGAAUUCCCUAAAGCUGAGCGUAGAUGCAGAGGCGGUAUUCUCGCGUGCGUUGUGGGCAUGGGUAAAACGAUCAUGAUAUCGUCCCUUAUUCAUACGAAUCCUGGCCCUGACGCACUCCCUACGCCUUCCCAACCCAAUGCCAAAUUAUCUGGCAAACGUCAAGUCCGACUGGACCAUGCCUUUCAAUCUAUCUCAGUGAAGUCUGGGUCCUCAAGGGGACCAUGUGCGACACUGAUUGCUGCCCCAACGUCGCUUUUGGCGCAAUGGGCAGAGGAACUCCAACGAUGUAGCAAACCCGGCACAGUCAAAACCUUCGUCUGGCACGGCCAGAAUCGCACAGACAUUGAUGCCGCGAUCGACGACGAUACCGAAGGCGUGAUGAAUGUUGUCAUCACUUCAUAUGGCACGCUAGCUUCUGAACACGCGAAGGUGGAGAAAUCAGGGAACAAAGCGUCGCCGAUAUAUAAAACGGAGUGGCUUCGCGUCGUGAUAGACGAAGCCCAUCAUUGUAAGUCGCGCUUGAGCAAGACAGCGAAGGCGGUCUAUGCGCUGCAUGCAAGACGUCGCUGGGCUGUCACUGGAACACCGAUCGUCAAUCGACUAGAGGACCUUUUCUCGCUGCUAAAAUUCCUCGACUUCUCCCCGUGGUCCGACUACACGUUUUUCCGCUCGUUCAUCACAUUACCUUUCUUGGCACAUGACCCGAAGGCCAUUGAAAUCGUUCAAGUGAUCCUGGAAAGUGUGUUGUUGCGGCGCGAGAAGAAUAUGCGAGAUAGUGAUGGCAAGCGGAUUGUGGAGUUGCCUGCGAAGGAGGUAACGGUCGAUAUGUUGCCAUUUUCAACGGCAGAGAGGAUGAUCUAUGAUUCAAUAUAUGAUAAGGCGAAGAAGAAUUUUGAUCAACUUAACGCCAAAGGUCUUGUCAACAAGAAUUAUACACACAUCUUAGCCAUGUUGAUGCGGCUGCGUCGAGCUGUGCUCCACCCCAACCUAGUUGCUGAAGAUAGCAACGCGGAGUUGUUGAGCGACAACAAAGCUAUUGACAUUGACUCUAUGAUUAAACAAUUCUCACAGGCCCAAAACGCAGCUGGAGACAGUGCUAGCGGGAGUGGAAAUACGUAUGCAGAGGACGUACUGACGAAUUUGAGCAAUAAUGCUGGUCUAGAAGCAAAGGAAUGUCCUAUUUGUAUGGAUGUUAUGGAAGUACCCAUGAUGUUUCCUGAUUGCAUGCAUCCUUGUUGCAAAGAUUGUGCGACCGGCUUCUUGGAGUCAUGCUUAAUCCGAGGUGAAGAUGGCCGGUGUCCGACGUGCAAUCGAGGGCCUGUGAAGGAGAAUGAACUUCUCGAGGUGUUUCGCCCACGGAAACAUGAACCCACUAGCUCUUCGCCUCUGCGUUCGCAGAGCGCCCUGCCUGAGGUGAUUCUGCGGCGCAAUGACUUUCGGUCCUCGACAAAGCUCGAUGCACUCAUCCAGAACCUUCGUCGCUUGCAAGAUCAGGACCCUUGCUUCCGUGCAGUUGUCUUUUCACAGUUUACAUCUUUUCUAGACCUCAUUCAGGUCGCCCUGGAGCGCGAGGACCUUGCCUGGUUCAGAUUUGAUGGAUCGAUGGAUGUGAAGAAGCGGACUCAUGCAGUAGCAGAAUUCAAAGAGCCUUCGAGGAGACCAAAGGUCCUGAUUAUCAGUCUGAAGGCAGGCGGUGUGGGAUUGAAUCUGACGACGGCUAAUCAUGUAUUCAUGAUGGAUUGUUGGUGGAACGCAGCGACUGAGAGUCAAGCAAUCGAUCGCGUUCACCGAAUAGGCCAAGAAAAAACUGUCUACGUGAAACAUUUCAUUAUUGAAGAUACGAUUGAAGGAAGAAUUCUUGAGAUACAGAAAAGAAAGACAGCGCUCGUGAGGGAGGCGUUUCGAGGCACUAAAGGGUCGGAUGGAGCAGACCCGGAGAGUCUGGAGAACUUGAAGAUCAUGUUUGGUGCUUAG